CGAAUUUUCUCCUCUUCGAACCUCUGUUUUCAAAAGACGAUGACGACGAAACGAGAAGCUGAAGCUUGGUCGGAGAUGGAAGCGGUAGCUAGGAAGAUGGUGGAAGAGGUUGAAACAGAGAGCAGCGGAUCAUCUGAAGCCGAGACUGAGUCUCCAAGAUCCGUCGGCCGUUGGGGAGCAGCUGGUACGAUCACGGGGAAGACGGGUAAAGAGAGAGUACACAGCCAGGUUUUGAAGAUAAGAGAGGAGGAUCUUUGUGUUGUUGUCGAAGCCAAGGCCGCGAGUUUAGAGAAUCGACGAGAUGUUCAUCCACGUCGUGUUAGUUUGUUUAUGAUCUCACGUCAGAGUUUGCCGUGUUCGCCUCUCAGUGGUAAAGUGAGAUCAGUUAACUGAUUCCCAUUCGAUCAAAGGGUGAUUUGUCCUCUGCGUUUUCUUUUUUUAUUUAUUUGUCUUCUUUUUUUUUAGUUUUAAUUUUUUUAUCUUGUUUUUGUUCGUCUUGUUUCUGGAAGAAUUCUUUAGAGAGAGUCUUCUUAUGGUUCAUAAUAUCAUGUGUAUAUAAACCGUGAAUGUAUAUAUAUGAGCUCGUGAAACAUUAUGCUCGACUUUUGCUUACAUAUAAAAUCUCUGUCUC